AGUCUGCAGCCACUCUUUAUCAACAGGAGCCGCUUUAUCAACAGCGUCCUCCGGAGUGUAAAGCGCGCACAGGCCGCGGGGUCAGUGGCUGCGCAGCCCGCAGCUCUGCGCUGAAGAUGCAGCCCUCAAAGAGUUUUCGUGUGGAUGAUUUCAUCGCAGGAUGGAUCGGCGGAGCUUCCAGUGUGGUCGUUGGCCAUCCGCUCGAUACAGUCAAGACACGUCUCCAGGCAGGGAAGGGCUACAAGAGCACACUACACUGCAUCCUCACCAUCUAUAAGAAGGAAACGGUCGCAGGAUUCUUUAAGGGCAUGUCUUUCCCUUUGGCCAGCAUCACGGUCUACAACUCAGCUGUGUUUGGCUUCUUCAGCAACACUCAAAGACUCAUAAGCAAUUAUCGCUAUGGCGACGGGUGGCAUCCCUGCAGCAUGUUGGACCUGACUGUGGCCAGCAUGCUGACCGGACUAAUGUCCGUGGGCCUGGGAGCCCCGGUGGACUUGAUUAAGAGCAGACUGCAAAUGCAGACGCAGACGGUUCUAGCAGAGAACCUCCACUUUGCUGACAUGUCAAAUGGCACCAACAUCCCUCUGCGCUCCGUCAGUAUUCCCAGCCAGCAGCUGUACCGAGGCCCCAUCCGCUGCAUCAGCAGCAUCCUGCAGACCGAAGGCCUCCAGGGCCUGUACAGAGGAGCCGGGGCCAUGAUCCUAAGGGAUGUCCCUGGAUACACGCUCUACUUCAUCCCUUAUGCCAUCUUCUGUGACCUGCUGAGGCCAGAUGCCACUUCAAGCCCCCACCCGUGUUCCAUCUUGAUGGCGGGAGGACUGGCAGGGUCCAUCUCGUGGGUCACGGCCACGCCGGCUGAUGUGGUGAAGAGUCGAAUGCAGGCAGAUGCUCAGCUGCAGAGGAAGUACAAGGGAAUUUUACAAGCAAUCAUCCACAGCUACAAGACAGAGGGAGUACAGGUUUUCUUCCGGGGAGCAUCAGUGAACGCCAUCCGAGGCUUCCCGAUGAGCGCCACCAUGUUCCUGACCUAUGAGCUCUCGCUGCGGUUCUUCAGGGGUCUUUAGGACACAUUUGAGCCAUCAAAGGAUUCACACUGAGUUUCUUGAAAAAUGAGCGAAAAGGACAGUUUGAGUCAGCAGGAGAGCAGCGGCUCACGUAUCCCACAAACCGGCAGAGGUUUGAAGAGCUCCUCAGGUUCUGGGAGGUUAACAUUUCCGCUUCAGUCCUUCUGUACUGACGAUGAAGGCUUUAUUUUUAUUUGUAAUGCAGGAACUGCUCAAAUCAAAAAGCAUAAAAAUAUAAUAGCUGUAGCUUAUUAAAUGGUGACAGGGCAUUUGUUAUGACUUUAUUAUUAGCAUAAUAAAGCCGAACAGUCCCUUUACUGUCAGGAUCUAAUGAAGUUGAAUAUUUUUGAUGCACAUGUGCCAGAAGACUGCGUGUUCCUCUGAGGUUUGUUUGCAGGAAGUCGGACUUCGUCAGCUGGACCAACGCAACGUUUUGUGCACGUUAACAUUGUGUCAUUGCACAGUAACACACAGUUAGCAUGUGGUUUGUAGGACAACAGAAGUCCAGUCAUCAGGAGAAAUUUGCCAAAAUCUGCUUUAAAUAUUAGUAAUAAUAUUUCACUCUGAAAACAAUCAGCUAAAUCAUUUUUGAGCCUAUAUGUAACCCAGAUAUUUCAGCUUUCAGCUAACUUUAGCUCUGAGCUCAGCAUGCAGACGUCUUUAGUGCACUUUACCUCAGAGUGAAAAUGGAGCCUUUUUUUAAAGAUGGGACAUUUCCAGCAGACGAUUAAGCAUCGUCUGUGACCUUUAAACUUUAUUUGAUUUCUUAUCAGUUCACAACCAUAAAACAUUCAUGUAGUCUGCAUUUUGUUCUGGGGGUCAGGAGGCUGCAGGUCACCUACUAAUUGGAAGGUCGGCGGUUCGAUCCCCGGCUGCUCCACGUUUAGUGUUGAUACAUUCACGUAUGCACACGGCCUGUGUGCACCCCACAUGAACGUCCUCUUGUACAUGUUUGUGUGUUUCUUAUAUUAAGAAAAGUGAGUUUUAUGAGUUCAUAAUUAAGCUUCCCUGCAGUGCAGCUGUUAGCAUGCAGCUAGUUUCACCCUGAAAUCAGAUGGAAAAAUAUUUCUCAUGUUAAACAGCUUGCUUUGCCUGCCUAAUAACUUUAUUUUAAAUGUUUUUCUUGUCAUGUAAAUAUGUGUAAAUAUGGUGGGGAGCCAUAAGUUUCUUAUUGUACAUAAAUAAAAGCUUUUAAUCACACGGGUUUCCUUUACCAGAAUCAUGUGACUCUGGUAUGAAUGGGCUUGUCAUGUGACGGCCGGUGUUACACCAAAUUCUGCGACCCAUCAUAUGCUGGUAUUCAGCACGUACAUGCCUCUGCAUGAACGUGCUGAAUACGAGCGAGAAGGACACUAUUUACGUAAACUGUGUAAGCACCAAAA